AUAAAAAAUAUUCAUUAUUAUUUACUGAUAAUCUCUAAUGAAAAAAAAGAUCAAUUUGCUCUCUGGACCCAAAGAUACUCCUCUAACAGAUUUAAGUAAUGCUGGAAAGGUAACAAACUUGUGUAUAAAUUUGAUUUCAGGCAACUAUUGCACCACCAGUGAAGGGGAAGAUGUUCAAAGCGUUAUGUAUUUGUUACACUGUACUUAUCAUGACUUUCUUCACUGUUGCCAUAUCUGGUUAUUGGGCAUUUGGCAAUGAAUCUCAAAGUCUUGUACUCAGCAAUUUCUUGGGGGAUGGGAAACCCUUGGUGCCAGGAUGGUUCAUCUUGAUGACAAAUACCUUCACCAUUCUCCAACUAUCAGCAGUUGGUGUGGUGAGAACAUUCCUUCCAUUUCCCCCUAUCUUUUUCAUUAUUCACAUAUUUGGUUCAUUCAUUCAGUGAUGUGGUUUCUGUCACAGGUCUAUUUGCAGCCAACAAAUGAAGUGCUUGAAACAACAUUUACAGAUCCAAAUUUCAAUGAGUUCUCUGCGCGUAAUGUUAUCCCAAGGGUAGUUUCUCGAUCAUUUUCUGUUGUUAUUGCAACAACAAUUGCAGCAAUGCUUCCAUUUUUUGGAGACAUCAAUUCAGUCAUUGGAGCUUUUGGUUUCUUGCCCGUCGACUUCGUCUUACCUGUUGUUUUCUUCAGCUUGACAUUUAAGCCAUCAAAGCGGAGUCCCAUUUUUUGGUUGAAUAUGACCAUUACAAUGGUUUUCUCAGCAGUGGGAGUCAUAGCAGCAGUUGCAGCAGUUAGACAAAUAAGUAUUGAUGCCACAACUUACCGGUUAUUUGCUAAUAUAUGAUGAUCAAGCAAAGUAUAUCACUGGCUGGCCUUGUAUCUACUUAAUGGUUAUUAUCAUCA